CAUCCUUAUCAGUUCGAACGGAGCUAUUGUUGAUUGUGAUCUACUUCAGCAUAGAAGUUUUAGUGAAUCGUGUCAGAAAACAAUCUCUAUCUGCUAUUAACUAUUAGUAAUGCAUACCUAAAUAAUAAUGACGCAAACCGUUGUCGAAUUGCACUGGUUUCCGAAGUACACGGAUCGUUUCCUGACUGCGGCCGGAUCGGAAAUCAAUCUGUAUCAGGUGAAAACUCGUGACCUCAUUGACCAUGGAGUUAACAGUAACAUAAAUUUAGAUAUCUCGACAAAUAGCACUGCCACGCUAAUAGCUUUCGAAACGCGUUAUCAAUUCAUCCGUUCGGUUGCUCCGUCCUAUCACUCGAAUGGCGAUAUUCUAUUUGCAGCUGGUCUGCCUAAUGGCAAGGUGGCACUGUGUAAUUUUGCAACCGAAAAUAAUAUUGAAUUCACACCACGCGUUUCACGUCCCUGUACAUGUAUCGCAUGGAGCGAACUGGAACCGAGUCUGAUAGCGAUGGGACACGAUCGGAACAGGUCCGACCACUGUAUCACAAUCUGGGAUACGGAGAGGGGUGUUCCUAAUCAAACCUCAAUCCUUCAGUUGAUAGGCUUAUCGGAAACGGCACAUUCCAUCUGCUGGGAUCGUACAUUCCCUCAGGUUAUGAUUGCUGGAAUGAGUCACAAGUACAUUAAAAUGAUGGAUUUCAGACAAAAUACGCCUGUAGUGACGGUGGCCAACGCACGUACUGUUAAUGGACUUUGCAUAGCUCCGAACGGGCGUUACUUGGCCAGCUACGUGGAUAACGUGAUCAACCUGUGGGAUCUUCGAUAUCUGGAUAAAGCCAUCAGUCAGAUUCAGAUGCAAAAAAACAUCACACACUUGUCUUGGUGUCCGACGAGAUCAUCAGUGCUGACUACCCUACAGCGUGACUCUCCCCUGAUACAUUUAACCGAUCUACAUUGGCCCGGUUCGGAGACGGAUGGUGGAGAGCCACAUUCAAUCAAGCGAUUCGUUUCACCGUUCCAACCUCGCAGUGGCAGCCGGGUUCCAACGAUGGGCUACCUUUCGUGGCAUCCCUAUGAUCUUGAACGAAUGCUGGCUCUGUCAGGAACCGGUAUUAUUUGUGACUUCAAGAUACCGCAACGAGUAGCCAUUUCCUGGGAUAAUAACAAUAAUUUAUACGGUAAUAAUGGGGCUGAGCUGCGACAGUUUACAUCACCGACUCCACCGACUACUCCGACGGAUUCGUUAAAUCAGUGGGAUUGUGGAAUUGAUAGUUAUGAGGAGGAUAUAGCGGAAACAAUUCAGAAACGAGCCUUGAAUAACUACGGCCUGAUGACGGAGAUACAACGAAAUGGGGAUUUGGCGGGUAGUGCGAAUUUGAAAGGUGUGUGGCGCUUACUGGGGCAUAUGAUCAAAGAAGACUGCAAGUUGGGGUUGAACACAAUUCUAGGAGUGUGUAGUUCUCCGGAUGGUCCAGCAAUGUCUCGUUCGGAACCGGUUAUGACCAAAUGGAUUGACUUUAGCAUCGGUAGUGGUUUGGUUGUGUACCGAAGUGAACACAGAGAUACAGCUCAACUGCUUUGCGGAUGGACCUUUGACCGGAAAAAUGAAUCGUCAUUCCUUGCGUUCAUCGAAGAACUUUGCACGAAUAAGGAAUUCACGAGGGCAGCAUUGAUUGUCUGCUUUCACUUUAGGAUAAAACAAGCAAUCGAUAUACUGGGCAGGGGUGCUGAACAGGCAUCGGAUCCAAGUUCGUUGUUGCGAGUAGCGGCCAUAGCCUUAUCGGGAUUCAGUGCAGAGCGUUCCGGACUGUGGCGGAAGCAGUGUGGAGCAGCCCGAACACAAAUUGACGAUCCUUAUCUGCGCUGUAUGUUUUCGUUUUUGGCUCACGAAAAGGAUGGUUUCGAAACCGUAACUAACGAAACGGAAAUUUCCCUUGGCGACCGGAUGGCUUUUGCGUGUAACUUCCUGUCCGACCUCAAGUUGGCAGAAUAUAUCAAAGGCAUGGUGGCCAGCUGUAUCGAGUGUGGUGAUUUGAACGGUCUCCUGCUGACCGGCGCCACCAAUGAUGGGAUUAAACUACUCCAAAGUCAUCUGGAUCGAACCGAAGAUGUGCAAACCGUUGCGUUGAUCGCUUCCCGAUUCCUCACAUCGGAUCUUUUAACCGACUAUCGCGUUCAGUAUUGGAUCUCUACAUAUCGGGAUUUGCUGGACAUUUGGGGCCUAUGGGAGCAACGUGCCCAGCUGGAUAUUGCCCUGGGACGUAUCCGUUCACCGCCGCAGAAUUCGCGGUCCGUAUUUCUUCUGUGCAAUUUUUGCGGAAAGAAUGUUUCGAUGGCCCUCCAGGAAGAUGCACGACUUCGUAGUAACGCGGCCGUCAUGCAUAAGCUUUCCUCGUGUCCGAACUGUCGGAAACCGUUACCGCGUUGUGCGCUCUGCUUGCUACACAUGGGAACCACCAUGGGUUCCAUGUCUGGACAGGGAUAUUCUAGCCAGGGUCAGAUCGGUUGGCAGUCGAAACCGUUCUCGAAGUGGUUCUCCUGGUGUCAGACCUGUCGCCAUGGUGGACACACCGAACAUCUGGCGGAAUGGUUCAAUGAGAACACCGAAUGUCCAGUCACCUCGUGCAGCUGCAAGUGCUACGCCAAAGAUCUUCCGAUGCCGCAGUUCCCGCGUGAAAAAGACAGUCCCUCCUGAUAUCAGCUAACGACAUCGUUUUAGUUCGAAAACAACAACAACAAGAACUACAGAGAAGUGAAACACACCGCGUAAAUAGUUUGAAAAAUAAAACGAUGCAAGCUUUUAUGGCCCCCCUCAAAAGGGUCUACUGCCACUCAGAUUAAGAGACCGUCGAUUGAUUAGGCUUUGUGGGUUUGAUGGUUUGGAAAAAAUGUUUGCUGUUUUGUUUGCCAGUUUAUUGUAGCUUGGUACUUCUUUAUGUGUAUGAAGAACGAACGUUCACGUCAUGUGAGAUUUAUUGUUUUCUAGAGUAUAUUUUUUCUAAGAUAAUUUUAAUUGUACUUUUAAAAGUUUUUGUUGUAAAAAUAAACAAACAAU